AUGUUUUUACAAGUCGGACAGUCUCCAUCUAUCGAAACUGAAUGUAAAAAGUCCGGAAUUGAAAUUGAAGAUAUCAAGAAGCUAAGGAAAUGGCUCGACACUCAACAACACUUACCGUCUAAACAUAUAACAGAUCUAGACCUCGUCCUCGCAUUCCACUCUUGCAAUCAGAGCUCGGAGGUGUCUAAACAAGUGCUUGAUCUCAAUUUUACGCUGCGUACGCUAUUCACGAACGUAUUCAAAAACAGAUGUUUGGAUGCUGGGGUCCUGAACGCCAUAGACGUAGUAUUAACGAUGCCUUUGGAGAUACGUACGUAUGACCAUUCAGCUGUCUCCUACCACCGCCUCAUUGACUACGAUGCGAGGAAAUUCGUCUUAGCAGAUUGUGUAAGGGUGGCGUUGAUGCUCUUGGAUAUAUGGCAAAUCAAAAUGGGCACGUGGCCCGGCUUCGUCAUAGUCAUAGACCUGGAAGGCGUGAGACUUUCGCAUUUAGGCAAACUGGAUAUCACAGAAAUCCAACAGUAUAUAUAUUACUUACAGGAAGCGAUGUUUGUGAAACUGAAAGCGAUCCACUUUCUCAAUGCGCCAGCAUUUAUGGACAAAAUUCUUAUGUUAAUCAAACCAUUCCUGAAAAAAGAACUUUUGGACUCUUUGAUAAUUCAUAAGGCAGGCUCUCGGGCUAUCGGUGAGUACCUGCCAAUCGAAGGUCUACCAAAAGAAGCUGGAGGACAGUACAAGACGUAUGCAAAAGCCAAAGAGGAUAUCCUUGCAUUAUUAAAAGCAAACGAGGAUUUCUUCAUAUCGGAGAGCAAGAAGAGAGUGGAAGAAUCUCUGAGACCAGGAAAACCGAAGAACAUUACCGAUUUCUUUGGCGGCAUCGAGGGCUCUUUCAAGAAGCUUGAUAUAGACUAA